CCCCCCAUCCAAACAUGGACACUGCCAGCCGGGCCGCUGUCGGGAUUUUAGUCACGCUGCUUUGCGGUGACCUGUGUCGGGCGGCGGUCACCACCGAAUUCUUCUCCACGCUGACGCUUUUCAACAGCGAGCUCCACAAGCACGGGUGCAGCUCGCUUUCCGACUGGGAAGAAUACGCGGCGGACUGCGAAUCAUCCAUUUUGCAGCUGGACGACCCAGACUGCGAGGAGGGCAGCAACCCGCCCUGCGAGUCGGUCUUUUCGCUCAAUGCCGAGAAGAUCCUUAAUCAAGCCAAGCAGUUUAUAGAGCAGAAGAAAAUCCCCUUCCCGGUCGAAAACGGAAACACCAACGAGGAACUCGCCAUUGGCUACGUAUUGAUUGGCAGCGGCCUUUAUGACGAAGCCAUUAAGCACUUCUCCCUCCUUUUGCAGAGUGACCCCGAGCUGGUCAGUGCCAUUUAUGCCCGAGGGAUUGCCUAUGGCAAGAAAAGUCAUCAGGACAUCAAAAAUGCUGACCUGGCGUUGUACGAGCUCGCCAGAGUCAUCACGCUGCAGCCCAACUGGCCUGAAGUGUAUGAGCAGAGAGCAGAGAUUCUGUCUCCUCUGGGUCGCAUCAGCGAGGCUCUGGCAGACCUGACCAAAGCCAUCCAGUUGCAGCCGUCGGCUCGACUCUACAGACACAGAGGAACGUUACUCUUCAUCUCAGAGGACUAUGUGGCAGCCUCGGAGGACUUCCAGCAGUCUUUGGAGCUGAAGAAGAAUCAGCCCAUCGCCAUGCUCUACAAAGGCCUCACCUUCUUCCACAGAGGCAUGCUCAAGGAGGCCAUAGAGACAUUCAAAGAGGCGCUGAAACUAAAGUCCGACUUCAUAGAUGCUUACAAGAGCUUAGGACAAGCCUACAGAGAGCUGGGCGACUUUGAGGCGGCGAUGGAAAGCUUCCAGAAGGCCCUCAUGCUGAACCAGAACCACAUCCAGUCCCUGCAGCUCCGAGGCAUGAUGCUUUACCACCACGGCUCCCUCCAGGAAGCCAUCGGCAACUUCAAGAGGUGUCUGCAGCUGGAGCCAUACAACGAGGUGUGCCAGUACAUGAAAGGCCUGAGUCACGUGGCCAUGGGGCAGUUCUACGAGGGCAUCAAAGCGCAGACCAAAGUCAUGCUCAACGACCCGUUGCUGGGACAGAAGGCCAGCUCGGAGUACCUCAAAGUCAAAUACCUCCGAGAGUACUCCCGCUACCUGCACUCCCACCUGGACGUCCCGGUCGCUGAGUACAACGUGGACCAGGACUUGCCUGGAAACUUCAAGAAUCACUGGGCUAAGAAUUUGCCCUUUCUCAUCGAAGACUACGAGGAGCAACCUGGUCUACAGCCGCAUAUCAAGGAUGUGUUGUCGCAGAACUUCGAGUCCUACGACAGCGACGUCCAGAAGCUCAUCUGCACAGCCGACCAACUAGGAGCUCUGAUGCAGUACGACACGCCCGGCUUCUUACCCAACAUGAGGAUACACAGAGCCAUGGGCCUGGCGACACUCGAGGUGAUGCAGGCCAUGCAGCGCACGUGGAGCAACGCCAAAGUGCGCGUCAACGGGAAGACCCGGCCAAUGCAGUGGAGGGACAUGUUUGACAUCGCCGUCAAGUGGAGGAGGAUCGCCGAUCCCGACCAGCCAGUUCUGUGGUUAGACCAGAUGCCUGCCAGAAGUCUGAGCCGUGGGUUCAACAACCACAUCAACCUCAUCAGGGGCCAGAUUAUCAACAUCAGAUACCUGGCCUACUUUGACAACAUCCUGGACUUCAUCAAAGACAGAAUCCUUGUCUACCACGGGGCGUACAACCCCAAAGGUGUGGGAGAAGUCCGCCAAGCCCUGGAGAAUGUGAACAAAGUGGAGGAUCUCCUCCCUAUAAUGAAGCAGUUUAACAGUAAAACCAGAGACGGCUUCACAGUCAACUCCAAAGUGCCCAGCAUAAAAGAUCCGGGGAAGGAGUAUGACGGCUUCACUAUCACCAUCACGGGAGACAGGGUGGGCAACAUGCUGUUCUCGGUGGAGACGCAGACAACGGAGGAGCGCACGCAGCAGUACCAGUCGGAGAUCGAGGCCAUCUACCGGGAGUUGACCGCCAAAGGCAAGGUCUUCAUGCUCUCCAAUGAGUUUGCGGACGCCGACGCCGUGUGCAACCUGAUCCUGUCGCUGGUUUACUACUUCUGCAACCUCAUGCCGCUCUCGAGAGGCUCCAGCGUGGUGGCCUACUCGGUCAUGAUGGGCGCCGUGAUGGCCAGCGGAAAUGAGGUCAGCGGUCGGAUCCCCAAAGGAAAGCUGGUGGACUUUGAGGCCAUGACGACGGCCAGUCCUGACAGCUUCAGUAAAACGGCGAGGAGCUGGAUGCACUUUAAAAGUUUACCCUCUUGGUACCAGAGUCUGCCCUCUGUGGCCGAGACCUUCCCGUCCAUCAGAACCAUGAUCGAAGUCCUCAACGCAGACUCGUUGACACAAUGUUCCAAAAAGUCUUAGCACAAGCCACACGCGCACAAGAGUUUAGUUCACGAAAAGUCUUAAAUUGACGGAACAAAAACAAAUGGACUCACUGAGGUAAUCAAGACAAAUAGUGAAACCACUAACGUGGAUCAUAACAUGGAUUCUCAUGGCCAUAAAAAAAGAAAUGACUACUGGCAUUUGUGAAACAUUAAAAGAAGAGUCAUGUGG